AUGAAUUCCAAUCGACCUCUUUCCUAUGACAGUUUCAAAAAAGUGUUGAUCUACAUGAACGCAAACUUGAGACUUCGCCUUGCCACACAGUGCCCUUCUAUUCGUUCAGCGGAAAAAGCGGCUCCCCUGAAAAUCAAAUUCUUCCAACCAAUAAGAAACUGUAUGUUCAUUGAUGACACAAUCUAUCAUUUCGGAGUUUAUAAGAAAUAUCCGGAGGGUGAAUGUCCUUCAAGAGUCCUCGUGGCAAACAACACGGACGGCUCAUCGAGGGAUGUUGAUGAGUUUGGAUUCGAUUAUUGGGGAGAUGCAAAUGCAGUGACAGAGGGAGACGUCGAUGUAAGGAACCCUGAAGAACAAGAAGAAGAGUACCCGGAGAAACCUGAUGGUUUUGUGGAGCAAGAAGAAAAUAAGUUGAAAGAUCUGCAAGCACGCCUUGCUGAUUCAGGAAUGGUCUCAAAGUCCCGUUUGAGUGUUUCCUUAUGUUAA